CUGCCAUUGAACUUACCGGAUACGGAAGGCGACGGGUGACGAAGGAAUCACGUGUCAGCUUUGUUUGUGGCCUGCGUCAUCGUGCGACUCUCUUCGCCGGUUUAGUUUCCUUUCCUCCAACUUUCCUCUGUUCAUUUCUUGGCUAUAGCAUCACACCCAUUUCACUUUGUUCCUCUUUUAUCAACAUUUAUGUCAUCGGAUUCCAUCAGGUCCUCUACAGUAGUCAGUUAGGGCUCCUACGUCGUUCAGCACCGGCCCCGCCUGUUGCCCUGGCUACGAACCCGACCUAUCGUCUUGGGCUUAAUGAACAAGUGGACAAACAUCCACAUCAUUUUUCCUCUGCUCACAACCCCAGACCAACUUGCCAGAAAAGGAGCGAUCGGUGGAUUUCCUUAUCCGUGUCUUGGAAUCCUGACUGGACCCCGUCGCGCCGUGUCACAGUCCUUGCAUCCUUGUCUCUCACCUGUGGUGACCGCACCUGUCCAAGAUUGCGUGCGUUGGUGACCAGUUACCAACUUGACAGACUAGCCAUCUAUUCUCGUCGUCGCGACUUAUCACCUUUCACAUCACACACCAUGUCGGACGAACUUGAUUAUUUACAGCCAGAUUUCGAUCUGAACACCCUCACUGUGCCCCGUUUACGCUCUAUCCUUGUCAGUCACGACGUGUCCUAUCCAGCCUCAGCGAAAAAGGCGCAGUUGGUCCGCAUCCUGGAAGAUGAGGUGCUCCCCCAGGCGAGGAAACUUCUGCGCGACCGUGAGAGGGUCAGGAGAACGAGUGCAGGCAUUACAGAUAUGAGUCGAGAAAACUCUGUCACUGGCGACGAAGACGAGCGCGAUUCGAUGCACCCACCCCCUACCCCAUCGACAACCGGGACCAGGCAAGGUCCUUCACGACGAAGCGUCCGCGGAUCGACUGUGGAAACGGAUGGAGGCUAUGCUCCGGCUACGCCUGCGACGACGAAGCGAAAGUCCGCUGCACGAUCAGUGGGCAAGCACCCUCGUGCUUCAGAUACAGAAACCGGUGAUGACACGAUGGCGACCCCGGUCCCUGCGGUCGGUGCUUCGCCUCGCAAGUCUACCGCGCGGAAGCUUCGACGGAGCUCCGUUCUGCCUUCGACCGAGGUAGAUGAAUACACACCUUCUGUCAAGUCCGAGCCUAGGGAAGAUAGUGUCUUCACGGAUGAGAACCCCUUCCAAAGUGGUAGUCCUUCAGAGGUUAUGAGCACCCGGCGAACUCCUAGUCAUGAUGGAAAGCGGAAGAGUGGUGGGCGGCUAUCUUCGGAGAGCCCUGCUAUUAGAAAUAGCUUGCGAUCCCGCAAGUCAGUUACACCUUCUGCCAUCAAGCAAGAAGAUGGCUAUUAUGCUCCUUCAAGAGAGUCUUUCGACUUUGCAUCGCGUCUCAGACCUACGAAGGAGGAGCCCGAGGAGGAAUCUGAAGAGGAGGAGUCGGAGGAUGAGAGUGAGAGUGAGAUCAUUGCCGGCGAAGAGUUUACCCCAGAGGAGCAACUAGCCCUAGAGAGUGAGCAGUAUGCACCCCUGAUCCAGGCUCGGAAACGGCCGAAGAAGCAGAGCUCGAUUAGUAUCAUGGCAUCAUGGAUUGUCAUUCUCUCCGUGCUGGGUAGCUUCGGUGCCUGGUGGCGCAAAGAGAAGAUCGAGAUCGGUUACUGCGGUCUUGGUAAGCCCACCUGGUCUUUGGCAGAAACCAAUGUGCCAGAAUGGGCUAAUGCCAUUGAACCUCGCUGCGAGCCCUGCCCGCCUCAUGCGUUCUGCUAUCCCGAUUUUGAAGCUCGUUGUGAGCACGACUUCAUCCUCAAGCCUCAUCCUCUUUCUCUGGGUGGUCUUGUGCCUCUUCCGCCGACUUGUGAACCGGAUAGCGAAAAGGCGCGUCGUGUCAAGGCUGUUGCAGACAAGGCCGUUGAAGAGCUUCGCGAGCGGAGGGCCAAGUACGAAUGUGGCGAGUUGAAUGAGGAUGGCAAGCCUACUUCUCCCGAGAUCCCAGAGCCGAAGUUGAAGGAAGAAGUCGCGAAGAAGCGGCGCAAGGGUCUCACCGAGUCUGAGUUUGAUGACCUCUGGAGAGGCGCUCUUGGCGAAAUUAUCGAGAAGGACGAAGUUGUGAGCAACUCCAAGCACGGCGCCCUUGCUAUCACAGACCUUCCGCCGUCCUCAUCCUCAGCUCAACAUCAACUGCCCGACUCCCACUCAGUUGCGCCGCCCGCCGUUACGUCCGAUUGGCUCUCCUCGCGUAUCGACUCCCUCUUUCACUUCUAGUCUUGACAGCCUGCGCUCUGGGUUACGCCCGCGCUCGGGUCCGCGCCCGUCGCUCUGAUAUGGCCCGCGUGCCGGAGUUGGUCGCAACCACACUUGACCGCCUUGCGACGCAGGCUGCGCUGCAUGCCCGUGGCGGUGCGAUAGAGCCUUAUAUUCCAAUUGGCCAGCUCCGCGACGACGUUUUGCGCUCCGAGUUGCACGGAAAGCGCCGCGAAGCACUGUGGCACCGUGUCCGGCGCGUUGUGGAAGGCAACGCUAAUGUGCGUGCUGCCGUUCGCGAGGGACGUAGCGGCGAUGUCGCCCGCUGCUGGGAGUGGAUCGGCGGCAUUGGCGGUGUCAACACCCCUGCUGGCGGCAGCGUGCUUGACAACAGUGCCCGCCGUGACAGUGCACGCUUUUCCCUGCCAUCGCCCUCUGGCAACGUGGGAGUGGAUCAUCAUGAGAUGGUUUCCGAGAGCAAGGGUGAUCCUGCGACCAGCCCUAGACAAUCCCGCCGAUGGGACGAAGGCCGACCAAUCUAUUAAUUUGACGGGUCCGUUUUCGCUGUCAUAUUGAUAUUGGGCAGCUUUGCAUGACCUUGGCCAUUGUUUUGAUAUCCCAAAACUUCGGCUGGCUUCCAUGCGAGACGGCUAUCUUUUCCCGCUCGUGAGCUUUACCCCCGUUACGUCCAGUGGUCUUUCUUCGAGCUCCUUUCACGUACAUAUUUUUCUACCUUUUGCUGUUUAUUCUAGUCUUCUUUAUGCUACCAUGUUCAAUACCCAUCACUCUCUUGAGAUUUCUUUCAGUCUUUUCUCUCCACUUACCUAACUUUGUACCGCCUAAUACCCGCGUCCUCUCGUGGGGUCCUCCUGUGGCGCAAUGCCUUCAGUAGCUAGAACGUACAUGCGUCGACAAGGCCGAUCAUUUCCUCAAUGGAUCGCUCCAUUUCCAGCUCACGCAGAGAUCCUUCCUUCUCGAUCUCAAGCAUUGUGGCGCUCAUCGUAUCCCGUGAUCUAACCCUGGCCAACUGCUCCUACGAUGUCAAUCGUGGCUGACGCCCUCAAUGUCCAAGCCUGG